AUGUUUGCAGCACCGUUGACGGUCUUCAUGAAUUUAAUUGCUGAAAAAUACUUCCAGAACUCCACCUGCGUUUACCAGAAUCACGACCUGCUAAUUGAUAUUGCUCGGAUUCCUGCAGUGCUCGAAAGUUGUUCGCCGCAAAUUCAGCACGAUUGCGAGGUUCUGGUAAUAAAAGCGACGCUCCUCGAUCACAUAGAAGAUAUGUACAAGUUCCGUGGGUAUUCGCAAUACAACAAGAGGAAAUACGUUAUAAUAGCUGAAACCCCAAUGGAAGUUGAAUUAAUUUUCAAAGCUCGCGCUUUAAAAUUCAUCGCCGAUUUGUUAAUAAUCCUAGUGGAAGAGGAGGAAUGCAAUUCAUUGUUUUGUUUCACCCCAAACGUAAUUUUGCAACUCUUCACUCAUAGAUUCGUCGGAUUGAAUGGGAAUAACGAUAAGAUGCUUAUAGAUGUUUGGUUUUCGAGAAACUCCAGUUUCUUGCAUGGCGAUAAAGUUUUGUUCCCUGAAAAAAUCAAGAAUCAGCAAGGUCGGAAUUUCACUGUAGCUUCUUUCAGCUACUUACCGUUUUCUGAUUUCGAAUCCAAAGAAGGAUCCGAACUCAUGUUGAUUUAUGAAUAUACCAAAAGGCAUAACAGUACGUUUGUUUAUAAGAAGAAAGGUCCUUGGGGGACUGUUAAUAAGGAUUUUACUGGCACAGGGAUGUUUGGGGCUUUAGUUAGUGAUGAAUCAGAUGUGGCUUUGAAUGGAUUAUUUUUGGAAUUCGACAUCUACCGAUUCUUCGACGUUUCUCAUUCUUAUACGUUCCUUGAAUUAACUUGCUUAGCUCCACCACCAAAGAUUUCUAUCGACUGGAAAUUCCUUCUUCCAAGAAUGAACAGCUCGUUUCUAAUUGUGACGCUCUUGACUUUCGCGUUGAUGGUUCUGCUCCUAUGCGUCUCACGCAUCCAUUCAAUUCCUAAAUAUAUGUCUUCUAGAUUAACGUUUUAUCAGUAUGUCGAAAUGUUCGUAUCGAACAUUUUAAUGAUCAUGAGGACUCAAUUGCAGCAACCUUCGAACGAAAUCAACAGAUCAGCUUUCAGGAUAAAACUAAACCUUUUUUUGAUGUUCUUAACAUCGGUAGUGCUGACUUCGAAAUACUCGAUGGGUUUAUCCAGCGUCAUUGCAGUCCCUUACUACGACGGAGCCAUAAAUUCUCCGGAAGAUAUGGCCGAUAGGAACAUGAAAUGGAUGGCCUUCUCUAUAGACUCUUGGUUAAAUUACAUAAAAUACGACGAAACUAAAGUUUAUCGUAAAAUACGGGAAAACUCUUUGGAAUUGGAUGUGACCAAAAUCAAUGAAGAUGUAGGUUUUGGAAUUCAACGACUAUUGUCAGGUUUUUACGUUGUUAAUUCGAAUCUUAAUGAUUCGAUUCUGAAAUCGCAUAGAAUCAUGAAUAACUACGUUUAUAGAGCAAAUUGUGUUUUCUUCUUAAGGAAAAACUCAAUUUUACUGCCAUCUUUCAAUAAGCUGUUGCUUGAAGCUCAUCAAGCAGGUCUUGGAAUUAAGUGGGAAACUGACAGUAUACUGAAUUCGAUGGGAUUAUCGAAGCAAUUCGCUUUGGUUGAAUCUACUUACAAAUUGUCUGGAAGUCAAAAGUUGAAGUAUGAUCAUAUUCGAGGAGUUUUGGGAAUUUGGUUUUUCGGUUCUGUAGCGUCGAUAAUUUGCUUCAUUUUAGAGUUGUCCACGAUGUUAAACUGUCGGUGUUAA